ACGGACCUCGGCAUCUGUUCAGGUUCUUUGACUCUUCUGUGCUAACUACUCUCUAUGUCUACCUAGGCUUCGCUCAGUUUCACCCACGAUUCAGUUACAUGCCCGAGGUGCCGAAAUUUCCAGCGUCGCUUGACCUCGAAAAGCUUGUGUCUAUUGUCAACCCUUGGCUCAAGCAGUGCGAUCGUGAUCACCUUGCCUGCCAGGGAAAAUCUUUCGCGGUGCCCAAAAGGCUCAUUGAUAUAUCAGGCGAUAUUCGGUUAGACCGUUAGUUGAACUCGAGCCACAUAUCGGCGGCGACAAACACCAUGUCGUCAAAUACGCAACUCUCAGCUAUUGCUGGGGUAGCAAGGAAGCGGCUUCUUCACUGGCCAAAACCAUGUCGACAAACAUCCAACAACAUCUUACCGCAAUAUCACGAUAUGAGCUUCCCCAGUUAUUCCGCGAUGCGAUCGACGUGGCUCGUGCUUUGGGAUGUGACUACCUCUGGAUAGACUCUCUCUGCAUCAUACAAGACAGCCAGGAAGACUGGAAAGAUCAAUCAGUUCUCAUGAGCGAGGUAUAUUCCAACGCCUAUCUCAACAUCGCUGCCUCAGCGUUACCCAACAGCUCAGGAACCCUCUUUCAAGAUAGGGUAUGUUACUUUGGGCGCAAAGUCUACUCACCCGACAAGAGGAGCACGCUGCCCAUAGACACUCACACAGAGUGGGUAUCUAACGAUAAAGGCGUCCAGUGUCCUGUGGCGGUUCGAUAUUCCAUGGACCGCGCUCAUCGUCAUCUGUGCGGAGAGGCCGAAGACAAACACGGCAUAGAGGAACCACUGCUGGAUCGCGCUUGGGUCUUCCAGGAGAGGAUGCUUUCACGCAGAGCCAUUUACAUUUCUUCUUCAGAAGUUCUCUGGGAAUGCCGGUCACGGUACUUCUGUGAAUGUGGCGGAAUCAAUAACCCCAUUCCAAGUGAUUUCGGCAGAUUCAUAUGGGAGUUCGGGCAUCUCGGUCCUCUAUGGAUUUACAACGUCCCAUACCAUUCCCCUUCAUCAAAGACAGGGAGCUUCGCGGAUUUCUGCUCGUCGAAAAGGGGGUCAUCAAAGGAGGCGUUGGCUUUCUGGAGAACAAUGAUCCAAGAAUACACCUCGCUCAUCUUGACCAGGGAAUCUGACCGUGAUGUCGCUCUGUCUGGUAUAAGGCAGUCGUUCAGCACGGGAAGAGAUUUCACCUAUUAUGCUGGCAUGUGGAUCCAAGAUCUUCCCCAGUCACUCCUUUGGACCAUAGAUAAUGGUGCGUCUCCCAUCGAAGCUGAAGAGGGGAUGGAUGCCCCUUCGUGGUCAUGGCUUUGGCGCAAGGACAAAGACGGACUAGAGAUUCUUUCAAACAGAGUCGCUUGGGAUCAUUAUGACCUGGAGGGUUUCGAGAAGGAUUCACGAGUGUCUUUCCAUGUUCCUGAUGAUGCCUACCGGAGAUUUCAUAAUCAGCCACUUAUACCGCCCACCCUCGGGCACUUUCCUCUACAUCUCACUGCACCCUUCCUUCACGGUUCGUUAGAGCCUCCCACUUGGGAUAAUAUGGCACUUCCUUCAAUGUCCUUUGGGCCGGUGACCGACCGCAUCAAAGGCUAUGGGGAAAAGUUAAUGAUGAUCCAAGUCUGGGUUGAUGACUUGGAUUAUCGAGGCAACUGGGAUAUGCCAGGUCGCAGGGCCUACUGUGUGCUGUUAGGUCACGCGCCUAGACCAAUGAGAAAUAAUUUUCACAAAACGCAUGAAUGCAUGCUGUUGCUGGAAGAAAUACCCGGCCCGGAACAUGAAAGAAGAUAUGUCAAAACAGGAUUGGUUAAUUUCACGUAUUCGCCGUUGCCUGAACAAAAUGGGGAGGAAGAUGGUUUUAUCCAAAGGACCGGCCUUUUCGAGGAUGCGCGGGUCAAAGAAUUCAUUAUUGUUUAAGUUUGGCGUAUAGAGCGGGAAUUCUCAUGAGGGCCCAAAGAUGGGUUGGGAUGGCAACUGUACAGUCCAAUACUGGUUUGUUUGUUUGUUUGAG